AUGCAAAAACCAAACCAAUCUCUUGAUGUUAUUUUUUCGUUUGAUGGACUCACAAAGGACCCAAAACUUGAUGUUGUCCUCUUCAUUAUCUUCUUGGUAAUAUACAUCUUUACAAUAUUAGGGAAUGGUGGUUUAAUCAUUCUGGUCAUGAAAAGCCCUAGUCUACACACUCCCAUGUAUUUCUUUUUAUACCAUUUAUCUUUCAUAGAUAUGUGUUACACCUCGGUCAUCAUCCCCAGAACCCUCUCAGAUAUUCUGUCCAAGGAUAAAACCAUUACUUUAUUGGCUUGUGCUAUUCAAAUGUAUUUGUAUGCUGCCUACUUUAAUGCUGAAGUUCUUCUGUUAGCUGCUAUGGCUUAUGACCGUUAUGCAGCCAUAUGCAAACCUUUACUCUACCACGUUGUUAUGAAAAGAAGAGCAUGUCAUAUAUUGAUAAGUGUCUGCUAUUCAGUUGGCUUCUUUGACUCAUUCAUACACACCAGGAACAUAUUUAGACAGAGUUACUGCAACGUGUUAGUUAUUUCCAAUUUCUUCUGUGACGUACCUCCAGUCCUAAAAUUGUCAUGCUCAGAUACCUCUAUGACUGAACUUGUUCUUUAUGCUGUUAUAGGAGUAAAUUCAUUGGUAUGUGCGGUAAUCAUUGUUACAUCAUAUGCCUACAUAUUCUCUGCCAUACUAAAAAUCCAGUCUGGACAUGGAAGGCACAAAGCAUUCACAACUUGUUCCUCUCACUUAAUCUCUGUUGGAACAUUAUUCGGAACCCUGAUCUACAUGUACAUGCGCCCAAACUCCAGUUAUUUGAAUGAUCAGGACAAGGUGGUCUCUGUAUUCUAUACAAUGGUAAUCCCUAUGUUAAAUCCAAUUAUUUACAGCUUCAGGAACAAGGAUGUAAGGAGAGCAUUCAUGAAAUUGAUAUAA